UUACCACAGCAUCAUUCGACACCAAGCAGUCAAAGGAACAACAAUGAUAUUCGCUUGCGUACUCCUCUUGGCGGCUGUUGUGACAGCGGAGCCUCCUAGAUAUAGACAAGGAUUCAGGUCACAGAGACAAGAAGUAGAAGUCACAGCUGCCGAGGCGCCGUAUGCACCAGCUGGCUUCAAACCUUCAAGGGAAUUCGCUCUGCCUUCACGACAAGAAUUCGCUCCGCCAACAACCAACUAUGGAGUACCAUCGCGUCAAGAGAACAUCCCACCUGCAACCAAUUACGGAGUUCCAGAUAACAGCUAUGGGGCACCUUUCAACACCUAUUUAACUCCACAAACGGAGUACGGUCUACCAGACGACAAAGAAACCACAACAGUGAAACCUGAUGAUAACGUGGAAGCAAAAACAGAGGCCACUAAGGAGAAUCUUGAACUCGAACCGAAGAAGGACGCUGAGGUGAUAAACUCUGAAGGUGCUUACUACGUACUGUUACCAGGAUCUCAGCUCCAAAGAGUGCAGUUCCAAACAGAGAACGACCUUCGCAAUAUGGCGUACACAGCUCGACUGCAGUACAAGGACGCAGACAGGGCACCGUUAUUCGUAUACACCGCUGUUCCUCAGUACCAAUCUGCCGCAUACUUCCAGCUAUUUAAGUAGUAGAUGUAAUGCUAGGCUCUGGUCAUGCAGUUUGAAUACAAUACACAAUUAAAUUAUAAUUAUCAUCGUGACAUCGUCGAGGUAUUUAGAGUAUGGUAUGUUUAUUUUUCGUUAGACCUAUUUUUU